UUCAAUGACGGGGUUAAAUUUAGACAGCACACAUCAACAUCGUUGUGCUUGAAACCUGUUUCCAUCAUUCCAACAGCCUAGCAAGUAAAGAAUGAAACAGCCCUGUCCAAAUCACGAUGUAGGCUGUUGUUCUCCAACUCCCGACCGCGUCUUUUGUUUCAAGAAUUGAGAAUGAAAAAUCACAAAAACUGUAGAUUGGACGUGCUGGUACCUACACAGACGGCUGGUAUUCCUGGCUCCCCACCUUGGCAAAGAAACAAGCGACGAUAAAACAGCAGCAUCUAGCCUGUCCAUGCGAGAUUCAUCAAUGAGGAAGGGGUCGAAGGGGAAGAAGGAGCAGGCGCGUAAACAGAUCAACAACUCGCAGAACAAUUCCGUGUAUCAGAUCCGGACAAACCACCAUCGGAAUAUUCAUUCCGGCAAGGAUGAGGAGAAGGCACUAAAUAAACCCAAUAUAAUCUGGAUCGUACCAGACAACAAAUCGUCCCCUCCCCGGGCAAAAGUCGGGCCUGAGGUGGACGCCUGUCGACACCGGUCUAGUGACAUCAGUCUAGUCAAGACCCUCUCGGAUCAAUCGAGCAACGAAAACGAGCAAAAGACCAACAACGCUAUGCUAAGACAGCGUGGCCGGCGUAGGUAUGACGUAGCCAACGACUACCCUUCAGAGUUCGAGCCUCGAUGUCCGAACGUUUCCGCACGCGCACUGCGUAGCCUCUUGAACGACCAGCAAUACGAUGGGGAAGGUCUGACCAAGCAGUUCUCCAAACGCAGUGACCGGAAACACAAGAGAAGCGUCCCCUGGGAUAUCCCUCCCAACGGCGACGAUAGCAACACUAGUAUUGAACAAUUCGAGACCAACAACCGGUCAAAUUACCUCUUCCCGCCGGAGAAAAAACCUACCAACACCUCGCUUCCUCACAAGAGCAGGUUCAGCGCCGGACGUGAUAAAAUUCUUCCAGAAGAUUGUAGCUUAGAAGACGAAGGCUUUGAGGACCUUGACACGUGGCGGUUGUCCGCCGAUUCUAUAAAUGGCCGCGGCAGCAGGAAGAGAUUGCGGGACAACAUCCCCAGCAUCGCCACCAUGGCGUCCAGCGACGACUGCAACACCAUCCCGUCGUCGUACAGCCACAUCAAAAGCCAGGAGAAUUUCCAAUCAAGACGACUUGCCAGAUCAAGCAUGCAGCCAUCUGACAUCUGCGGCCGAUAUAAAAAGUCUUACUCCAGCUGUUACUGCCCCAACCCACAGUGCCGCCUUUCCGACAAUGUCACCUGCGCUUGCUGUUCCAAAACAGACACGAUAAAAAAAAAUUCCACUUUAUACGUCUGCGAGAAAACGCCAUCAUGCGAUUCCUUGACGUCCGUCUACAAAGGUCGAAAAGCUCUACCAGGGGAGAAUAUGCAGAUGGUGUACACCGUCUCUCCCACACCAGCUGAGUCUCCAGGAGGCUCCAUCAUAGACAGAAACUUUUGUGAGCGUCCCAAAACAUGCUGUAAAAGUAAAACGUGUUGCUGCCCGUACGGGAAAAAAUCAACGUGCGACCCUUGCGAAAGUCCCCAAAUCGGGACCUACAUUUGCCGACCUCACAAGGUCAAGGAUAUCAACGUUACGCAAACAGCCAGCGACCUUGCCCUACGCUGCGGUAGAGCGCUCACCUGUACGAAGAGUCUCCUGUGCCGGCAGAACGGCUGCGGUUUCGUGAGUUUCAACUGCUUCAACAACUUCGCGCCGCGUCUGCUGCACUUCCUGCUGUCCACCAUCCGCUACCUCUUCAUCAUCUUCGUCUACAUCUUCGUCCUGUGGCUGCUCAAGCUGUACACCUCGGUCAACCACUUCUCUCACCUCACGCUUAUGUUUACCGACAUCCUCCUGCUCUUUAUCCUCAUCUUCAAGCCUGAUUGCCUUCUCAUUUACUUUUUAGGCUCGAACUAAUUCGCGCACACAAGUCAACAUCAUAAUAUCAGCAGCGAAAUAUUUCAAACUUUAUUUGGGGUUAACGUAUUUUGUAGAGGAAUAUUUAUUGCGGGGUGGAGAAGUUUUAAAAGAAAAAUGCCGUCAUCAAUCAUGUCAAGCUCUAGAGACUCCCUGUUAGAAGACACGUGUCACUCCUCUGUUGUGUCCGGUCAUGGUUCUGAUGUCCAACUACGCCAAUCUCCCGUAGGUAGUUUAUUGCAAAGAAGAAGUCGUUCUCAAAGUCCUACCAUGGAAUAUCCAUCAGCAAUGUGUACUAGCAGUUGUGCCCAAAGACCUUCCAUGAACAAUCCUUCAGCAUUGUAUAGCGGCAGUUGUUCCCAAAGACCUUCCAUGGACAAUCCUUCAGCAUUAUAUAGCUGCAGUCGUCCCCAAAGAAUUUCUGUAGACAAUAUAUCAGCAUUGCUUGGAAGCAGUCAUUCUCAAAGGCCUUUCAUGGAAAAUACAUCAGCAUUGUAUUGCAGCAGUCAUUCUCAAAGGCCCGGCACCGAGCGAUUAUCGGAAAAUUAUUUAAACACGCCUCAUCAGGGAUCUACAAGAGAACAUUCGCCAUCCUUUUUUAGAUCCACAUCACCCGUGAAAUUUUUCCAAGAACCUUCGCCAUCCACCUAUGGACAUUCAUCAUCUGUAACCUUUUCCCGUGAACAUUCGCCAUCCAUGUGUACAACCACAACAUCCAUACCAUCUUCGUGCGAACAUUCACCAUCCUCAUAUGGGUCCACACCACCUUCGAAAUAUUUGUGCGACUUGGUCCCGAAAUAUUGUAGAGAUAUUUCACGAGAAUGUUCUAUACACAAUUCAACUUCCGGGUAUUUCACAAGCCCUUCCCAUAAAUCAUCAAUGAAAGCCGCACCGUCCAGACAUUUGAGCGACCAUGAUGGGGAAUAUUCCAGAACAAACGAUAUUGCAAGUUGUAAUGGUGCCACAACUUCCAGAUAUGUAGGCAAACCGUCAUGCUCUAAAAACUCUUCACCAAGAUACGUGAGCGGCCAUAACCAUGAUAUUUGUGCCCCAAACGUAGAAGCCUGUUAUUCAAGUUACCCAGCCGAACUGGCAUCCACAGAGAAAGUAAAGCCAAAGAAAUCGUCCCUUAAAAAAUCUUCUUCAAAACACUCGAAUGGCCCCUCCCAUGAUUUUUCUUCAGAAAACGCUCACUCGAGUUAUUCAAACUACCCAGCAGAACGCUCAUCCAGCGACCAUUUGAGAGUGAGGUAUUCAGAGAACCCUCCCCUCAGUUGUUCUUCUGACGACCUCCACUGUAGACGACCAAGGAACGCUUCUUCCGCCUCCACCAACGGAACCUCACAAGCAAGUCAUUCUGGGGUCUCCUUAGAGGGGUCGUCCAGUGAAAAUCUACCUAUCCGAUAUUUUUGCACAGCCAACGCGGGAUUCGUUCCCACUACUGGCAUUCAGAGGAUUCCAAAGUUUGAUGGCAGAUGUUGCCUUUACUGGCCAUGGAGCAGAAGCACGUUGCUGAAUCUUUUCUCUAAGCUUUUGCUAUAUCUAAUGAUAGUCUUGCUCUAUUGUCUUGCCUUGUAUGCCCUCAUCGCCUACGCAUCAAUGAACGUCUUUUCAUGCUUAACGCUCCAGAUUGUCGACAUCCUGUUGUUGUUUAUGUUAUUUUUUCAACCAGAUUUGUUAAUCUAUCAACUAUUUCAGGGUUGAGGCUUGUAGGCUUUGAGGCUGCUUAAUUUACCCGUCAAUCCAUUACAAAAUAGUGCUAAGCCUAGAGACUGCCUAAUUUACCAGCCUCUAUAGUACAAGAGAAUGCUAAGCCUAGAGACUGCCUAAUUUACCAGCCCAUCUAUUACAAGAGAAUGCUAAGCCUAGAGGCUGCCUAAUUACUCAGCCCUUGUAAAGAAGAUGCCAUUUUGAGGCUUACCUUUCACUAAAGAAGUCGAAGCGUAGUUCCAGCCCUUUAGACUAGAGGCUGAUGAUUGCGGGUAGUCCAUCCUAAGUAGUCUAAGUCGAGACUAGACGCUGCUCCUUGCUUGUAUGUAAGGCUACUACUUUAGUGGCGAUCUACGACUGUCAUUGAAACAGGUGCUGUUUCACGCUUCCGUCUGACCAGUUUAGAAGCUGGAGUUGAUCUAUGGGCGUUCAUAUGUGGGAGCUGGAGGAAGCGGUCAAAUAACGGCUCUCUAUGCUAUGGAAUUUUUUUCUUCUUGGGUAAAUAAACAUCACCCCUGUCAAAGUCGAAUAAAGAGAAAUCAUGUUUGAUUAUAAAUAUAAUGCUGAAAUAAACAUCUUAUUUUGGGAAACAAUGUCUAAAGUACACUAAAGGACACCAAACAAAAUAAAUAUUGUACUUUUUUUU